AGGAGCCUCCUCCGGCCCUGUUGCCCUAGCCCUUCUGAUCCCGGUCAGGCCUCUGCCCCGCCCCCUGCUCCUCCCACCCAAGGCCCCGCCCCCUCCCGUGGCACCCCGCCCUUCAUGAAGGGCAGUGCCCGGCGAAAGCUGGACCAGCAAAACUUCAUGGAGCAGGUGCGCGAAUGCAGGGACAACGGCUACCUGCUCUCUUCCAGGAAGAUUGGCUCUGGGGCCUUCUCCAAAGUCUACCUGGCCUACGCCACACAUGAGCGCAUGCGGCACAACCCCAAGCUGGCCUCCGACCUGCGAGGCAAGCACCAUGCCAUGGUGGCUAUCAAGAUCAUCUCCACGGCUGAGGCCCCCAUGGAGUUCUCCCAGAAGUUCUUGCCCCGUGAGAUAUCAUCCCUCAAUGCUACCUACAAGCACCUGAAUGUGGUGCAGCUCUAUGAGACCUACCACAACAGCCAGCGCUCCUACUUGGUGCUGGAGUUGGCGGCCCGCGGGGACUUGCUGGAGCACAUCAACGCCGUGUCAGGCCACCGCUGCCGCCCAGGGCUGGAAGAGGAGGAGGCCCGUGGGCUGUUCUGGCAGCUGGUCAGUGCCGUGGCCCAUUGCCACAGCUCUGGCAUUGUGCACAGGGAUCUCAAGUGUGAGAACAUCCUGCUGGACGACCACGGCCUCCUAAAGCUGACCGACUUUGGCUUCGCCAACCGCUCGGGCCUCAAGGACUCGCUGCUGAGCACCUUCUGCGGCUCUGUGGCUUACGCAGCCCCCGAGAUCCUCAUGAGCAAGAAGUACAACGGGGAGCAGGCUGACCUGUGGAGCCUGGGUGUCAUCCUCUAUGCCAUGGUGGCCGGGAAGUUGCCCUUCAAGGAGCAUCAGCCACACCGCGUGCUGCACCUCAUGCGCCAAGGCCCAGCCUUCAGGCCCGGCAUGUCCCCAGAGUGCCAGGACCUGAUCCGGGGCCUGCUACAGCUAAGGCCGCGCGCACGCCUGGAUCUGCAACAGGUGGCCGCCCACUGCUGGAUGCUGCCCGCCACGCAUGCGCUCUUCCGCACCAUGCGCGGCUCUUCGCCAGUUGCAGUGAAGCCAGCCGAGUCACAACUGCCCGCAACCCUGCAUCCCACGGAGCCUGGCAGAGACUCAGAGCGGCGCCUGCAGCUCCGGCGCCCUCACCACAGAGGGACUCACCGUGGGAAUGCUUCUGGCCUGAGCCCCCAGAGGGAGUCCCAAGAAGAGGUGCAGGAUCUGCUCAGCGGGAGCUCCGGAGCAUGGCGGUAG